UUGGCCAGGCCUAAGAUGACUUCCUUUGACUCAACCUUCAAAGCCGCAGAGGACGGACGAGAGCACUCUCGCGAGAUCUCAGAUAUUAUAUUCCGCGGAAUCGCACGCAAGCGGUCCUUUGGCCACAUCGAUCUUGCGGUAGAGGCAGGGUUCGCUGUUCUCCUGAAUCCGACGCCAUCCUCCUUGGAUCUUAGCUUGGCAUCCAAUUCACAGCCAUGCCGCCCAAGUUCGACCCCAACGAGAUCAAAGUCGUCUCCCAAAAAGGUGGGUGAUGACAUUGCCAAGGCUACCGGCGACUGGAAGGGCCUGAGGAUCACAGUUAAGCUGACCAUCCAGAACAGGCAAGCUCAGAUUGAGGUGGUCCCAUCAGCCUCUGCCUUGAUCAUCAAAGCUCUGAAGGAGCCUCCCCGUGACCGCAAAAAGCAGAAAAACAUUAAGCACAGCGGCAAUGUCAGCUUUGAGGAGAUCGUGAACAUCGCCCGGCAGAUGCGGCACCGAUCCUUGGCCCGGGAACUCUCAGGAACCAUUAAGGAGAUCCUGGGAACAGCCCAGUCUGUUGGCUGCAAUAUCGAUGGGCGACACCCUCACGACGUCAUUGAUGAUAUCAAUAGUGGUGCAGUUGAAUGUCCUCCAAGCUAAGACUGCUACCUGAAUGGACAUAAUGCAACUUAAGCAAAAGUUCUGUAUGCUGAAUAUUGGUAAUAAAUGCAGUUUCACACUUGUGGUGAUAAUA